AUGAUAUUGCAUUAUCUUCUUCUACAUGAGGAUGGCAGCUCUAAUGGGAAUGAGCUUCAUCUAAAUUUUGGAGGUAACAAAACAAAAUUUGGCAUUGAAGAAUUUGGAAUUAUAACAAGUUUAAAUUGCAAUGAAAUUCAUGUUGACAUGGGGGUUAGCAAUGAUAAUAAUCGAUUACUUGUUAAAUAUUUCGGUGGAAAAUCAUCAAUAUCUAGAAAUGAGUUGAAAGAUUUCGUUAAAUCUAGAAAGAUAGAUAUUGAUGCUGAGGAUGCUGUGAGAUUAGUGAAAGUAUAUAUUGUAGAAAAUAUAUUAGGUAGUAAAAGAGGAGAUAGGUUAGUAGACAAUUUUGUCAUGAGUUUAGUAGAUGAUGAUCAAAAGUUUGAGGCAUAUCCUUGGGGUCGCCGAUCUUUUAACGAAACUAUAAAAUAUCUCACAAGCGCCCUAGAUUCAUCAAAGACAGGAUAUGAGCUAUGUGGCUUCCCUAUAGCCUUCCAAGUUUGGGGUUUUGAGGUUAUUCCUUUGUUGGCCUCAUCGUUUGCAAUUCAUGUUGGUUCAAAGUUCCCCAGAAUUUUGAACUGGAAGACAGGGAAGAAGAGUUGUUUAUGCUCCUUUAAACUUUUCUAA